AUGGAUGAUGAAAUAUUCAUCAAAUAGCCAACGAUUGGUGAGAGGAAUGAUCAAUCAGAAUAGUAUAAGAAAAUAUUUUAUAUUAUUAGAUAAUCCUAAUUUGGAUAAAAUGAUGAAUCAUUAGAACACUUAAUCAACUCAUUAAUCUAAAAUUAAUAAUCUGGCGAGGACUUUCAAUUUAAAUAAUAAAUUGCCUAAAAAAGGAUUAAUGAUUAAAGAUUCACAUAUCAAGAGGAUAAACGAAUCUUAGAAUUAGUGUAGCAAGUAGGACCCAACUUUAAUAAAAUAGUAAAAUCUUUUCCUGGAAAAACGAUGAAUAUGAUAAAAAAUAGAUAUUAUAAAAGAUUGCGCUACAUCAAGGAGGACCAUCAAAAUGGUUAAGAGCAAAGAAAGAAACAAUCUAAACACAAAAAAUUAAAUUGA